AUGACACUUGAAACAAAGCAAAGGAAAGCUAAUUGCCAUGUGUACCCCGGAGUGAGUGCUCUCAAAAGCCCCACUAAGGGAUAUGAAUUGCAAUCUUUCUUUUUGAUAUCUGGGAAAAAAUUGUUUUCCAGAACAAUACUUAUUGAUUCAGAAAUAUUAGCUGGAUUGGAUGGAUUAAAUGAAUGGAGGAUUAAAGAAGCAGAGGAACUGAGCAAUAUUGUUCAACUUCGUCUUCGUUAUUUACAAAAUCCAAAGGAUUGCAGUUCAGCAAGAAAAUUAGUGUGCAACUUGAAUAAAGGAUGUGGAUAUGGUUGCCAAGUACAUCAUGCAGUUUAUUGCUUUAUUGUUGCAUAUUCGACUGAACGUACAUUGAUUUUACGCUCGCAUAAUUGGAGAUAUGCUCAAAAAGGAUGGGAAACUGUUUUCCUUCCUCUUAGUGAAACAUGUUUGGAGGAUACUGGGAAAACUAGAUCAGCUUGGCCUGGUACUGAUGAUACACAAAUUAUUGAUUUACCAAUAAUUGAUAAUGUUAGACCAAGGCCUGCUGCUUUACCAUUAUCUAUUCCAAAAGAUUUAUCAGAGAGGUUAAUACGUCUUCAUGGUAAUCCUGCAGUUUGGUGGAUUGGACAGUUUCUGAAAUAUUUAUUGCGUCCACAGGAAAACUUGGCUAAGUUUUUAGCUAUUGCAGAAAAUAAAAUUGAUUUUAGUACACCUAUUGUUGGAAUACAUGUUAGAAGAACUGACAAAGUUGGAACAGAAGCUGCAUUUCAUGGGAUAGAGGAAUAUAUGGAGUUUGUUGAUGAAUAUUAUCAACAAUUGGAAUUAGUUGAAAAGGUUGAGAAAAGACGAAUAUAUCUAGCAACAGAUGAACCUAAUCUUUUACAAGAAAGCCAAAAAAAAUACCCAAAUUAUGUCUUCCUGGGAGAUGCUAACAUUGCCAAGAGUGCCUCUUUAGGAAAUCGUUACUCAUCUGAAUCUUUGAAAGGAGUCAUUUUGGAUAUACAUAUGCUUUCUAGAUGUAAUUAUUUAGUAUGCACAUUUUCAUCACAAGUUUGUCGUCUUGCAUAUGAAAUCAUGCAAACAAUUCAUCCUGAUGCUUCUUCAUAUUAUCAUUCCUUGGAUGAUAUUUUUUAUUUUGGAGGACAGAAUGAUCAUAGUCAAAUUGCACUUUAUGAUCAUCAUGCAAGAGUACCUUCUGAAAUAGAUUUACAUAAAGGUGAUAUUGUAGGAAUUGCUGGAAACCAUUGGGAUGGAUAUUCUAAAGGUGUCAAUCGAAGAACUCAAAAAAUGGGACUUUAUCCAUCGUAUAAAGUGGUAGAAAAAGUCGAUGUUGUUGAAUUUCCUACAUAUCAAGGUGUUGAUAAAAACUCCUAGUCAUAAUUGUUUUUAAUAAAUAUUUAAUAUUAUUUGAAAAAAUGUAGAACAGAUAUUUAAAUCUGUUACUAAAAUUAUAAAGUCUACAGUUUAUUUCUAUCAUAAAA